AAUAUGGACUUAUUGAAGCUGCUCCUAUAUUCAAAUGGGCUGGCGUACUGCUCAGUGCACAAACACAACACCUCUUUCUUGAAUUCAUUUCCAUCUUUUGACGAACAUACAAAAUGGAAAACGAAAUUGUUUGCAGAUGAAAAUCAAAGCUGGGCUUAAAAGGAAUCUCCUUCGUAUAUCCAUGAAAGUGAAACCCCAACUUGAAAUUUUCUUUUUCUCGGUUACGGCUGCUUUUUGUUUUUUGUUGCAACUUGCAAUUCAUCCCUACAGGUGCAAAUUAAAGAAACAAUUGUUUAUCUUAUCCAAAACCAUAAUUUUCCAAUAAAACAUUCAUACCCACAAGGUGAAUUCCGUCAUUUCAGAUGAAACAGCAUUGAUCUACCAAACCUCUGUUCAGUAAGCUCUCAGUCGCCACUGGCUAGUGGCCGCUCACCAAAAGUCCAUAAUGAGACCCCAAGUCCCCUCUUUCGUAAUCUUCACUAUCUUUGCUCUGCUUGUCUUCCGAGCUGCCUCAACUCAGCCUCCAUUCUCUUGUGAUCCAUCAAACCCAUCAACAAGCUCCUACCUUUUUUGUAAAACCACACUACCCAUCAGCCAAAGAGCCAGGGACCUUGUCUCUAGACUCACAUUAGGUGAGAAGAUUUCCCAACUCGUUAGCUCAGCUCCACCGAUUCCACGACUCGGUAUCCCGGCGUAUGAGUGGUGGUCCGAGGCAUUACAUGGGGUUGCCAAUGUGGGACGUGGCAUUCAUUUUGAAGGCACUAUCCGUUCCGCCACUAGCUUCCCUCAAGUCAUCCUCACUGCCGCUUCUUUUGAUGCCUACCAAUGGUAUCGCAUAGGUCAAGUGAUUGGAAGAGAAGCAAGAGCAGUGUACAAUGCAGGGCAAGCUACAGGGAUGACAUUUUGGGCACCAAACAUUAACAUAUUUAGGGACCCGAGAUGGGGUAGAGGGCAAGAGACGCCUGGGGAGGAUCCCUUGGUGACAGGGAAAUAUGCAGUUUCAUAUGUGAGAGGAGUUCAGGGGGAUUCUUUUCAGGGAGGGAAGCUUAAAGGGCAUCUUCAAGCUUCAGCUUGUUGUAAGCAUUUUACUGCUUAUGAUUUAGACAAUUGGAAGGGUGUGAACCGCUUUGUGUUUGAUGCUCGUGUUACUGUGCAAGAUUUAGCAGACACCUAUCAGCCACCAUUCCAGAGUUGUGUUCAGCAAGGAAAAGCAAGUGGCAUCAUGUGUGCUUACAAUAGAGUUAAUGGAAUCCCGAGCUGCGCAGAUUUCAAUCUCCUUUCCAGAACUGCUAGAGGGCAAUGGGAUUUUCAUGGGUACAUCACAUCUGACUGUGACGCGGUUUCCAUCAUCUACGAUGAUCAAGGGUAUGCUAAAUCACCAGAAGAUGCUGUGGUUGAUGUGCUUAAAGCUGGCAUGGAUGUCAACUGUGGAUCAUACUUGCAAAAACACACCAAAGCAGCUGUGGAGCAGAAAAAACUGCCUGAAUCUGAAAUAGACAGAGCCCUUCACAACCUCUUCUCUGUAAGAAUGAGGUUAGGACUUUUCAAUGGAAAUCCAGCGGAACAACCUUUUAGCAACAUUGGUCCUGACCAGGUCUGCUCCCAGGAGCACCAGAUACUAGCCCUCGAAGCAGCUCGCAAUGGCAUUGUCCUCUUGAAAAACUCUGCAAGACUCCUCCCACUUACAAAAUCUAGGACCAUGUCCCUUGCUGUAAUUGGCCCUAAUGCCAAUUCUGCACAAACAUUUCUUGGAAACUAUGCAGGCCCUCCAUGCAAAUCUGUAACGCUAUUGCAAGCACUGCAAGACUACAUCAAAAACACUAUUUAUCACCCAGGGUGUGAUACAGUUCAAUGCUCUUCAGCUUCCAUCGACAAGGCAGUUGACAUAGCAAAAGGGGCGGACCAUGUGGUACUGGUAAUGGGACUCGAUCAAACUCAAGAGAGGGAGGAACUUGAUCGUGUAGACUUGGUGCUGCCAGGGAAGCAACAAGAUCUCAUCAUCAAUGUUGCAAAAUCUGCAAAGAAUCCAAUUAUUCUAGUGCUUCUUUCCGGAGGUCCAGUUGAUGUAUCUUUUGCCAAGAAUGACAAUAACAUUGGAAGCAUUCUCUGGGCUGGUUAUCCUGGUGAAGCUGGUGGGAUAGCACUUGCAGAAAUCAUAUUUGGUGAUCACAAUCCAGGAGGGAGAUUACCAAUGACCUGGUAUCCACAAGAAUUUGUCAAAGUACCAAUGACAGAUAUGAGGAUGCGACCUGAUUCCUCUUCAGGCUAUCCUGGCCGAACAUACAGAUUCUACAAAGGCCAGAACGUUUUUGAGUUUGGUUAUGGCCUCAGCUACUCGAAGUACUCUUAUGAACUCAAGUCUGUGACCCGAAACAAAUUCUAUUUAAAUCAAUCUUCAACAGUGCAUGUAAUUGACAACUCAGACUCUGUGCGCUCCACAUUGGUCUCUGAGUUGGGCACAGAAUUCUGUAAGGAAAGUGAGUUCUCAGUUAGAGUUGGAGUGGAGAACCAAGGGGAGAUGUCCGGUAAGCAUCCAGUAUUGCUAUUUGUGAGACAACCAAGGCAUGGAAAUGGGAGGCCAAGGAAACAGUUGAUUGGAUUCAAAAGUGUGAUACUAAGUGCAGGGGAAAGAGCUGAAAUUGAAUUUGAACUGAGCCCUUGCGAGCACUUCAGCAGAGUUAAUGAAGUUGGUCUGAAAGUGAUGGAAGAAGGAACGCAUUUCUUGGUUGUAGGAGGUGAUAAGUUCCCAGUUUCCAUCAUAGUCUGAAAAGGAGAUUUACGUCUUCAAAAAAUAAAAUUCAAAUAUCUUAAUUGUGUUGGUACCGUUACAAUGAUGAAUGAGCCCAGAAAAUGGGUCAGGUACCAAGUAAGAAAAUUAUGUAUUUAAGAAACAUAAAGAUACAUCGUACGUCCUACUUUAUAAUAGAAAUUGUAUGUUAACUGUUAAGUUUCA